CACCGUAUCGACGUCUCUUCCGAACGACAUAGCAAUCGCCACGCCACCGACCUUUUUCCGUUGCGCAACUUCUAUUGCCGUCGCGCUAUAUCCGGAUCCUAGAACAGUACACGUUGGCGACUCCUCAUUUGGCCACCUACGCAUACCAUACCUCCUCCUCGACGCCAGCGCAUCGCGCUCAUUACACACCACCACCAUGGCGGGGCUUUUCCGUAAAGUGUACGACUGGCUGUUGAGGACGUUCUGGGCGACAGAAAUGGAUGUGACGAUGAUCGGUCUCCAAAAUGCGGGUAAGACGUCUCUACUCCGCGUACUUGCAGGCGGCGAGUUCACCAUCGACUCGAUCCCGACGGUCGGAUUCAACAUGAAGCGGGUGCAACGAGGACACGUUACACUGAAAUGUUGGGAUAUUGGUGGUCAGCCCCGGUUCCGAACGAUGUGGGAAAGAUACUGCCGUGGCGUCAACGCUAUCGUCUUCAUCGUCGAUAUCGCUGAUAUGGACCUGCUGCAGCAGGCUCGGGAGGAACUUCAUGCUCUCAUGGACCAAGCUUCUCUGAGGGAAAUCCCGCUCCUUGUUUUGGGGAACAAAUCGGACCUCCCGCAGAAGUUAUCGGUGGACGAGCUGAUCGAUGCGCUUGACCUCAAGUCCAUAGGCCAUCGCGAGGUCUGCUGCUACGGCAUCAGCGCCAAGGAGGAGACCAACUUGGAUGCCGUGCUGCAGUGGCUGAUGAAGUGGGCGAACAGGUGAUGCGUAAUACUGAUGCGCGUUGGGUGCCUCGAUCCACCGCGUUCCCAGUUGUCCCGCCCUGCCGUUCCUACUCGAUCGCAUCCCUCUCAGGGUUGUGGGCUAGUGGAUUCGAAAGGGUAA